UCAGAAGACGCAAGGGGUAUACUGGGAACUUCCGAGAGACCUGAGUGACUGAAGGAUGGUACUGGUGGCCUUGCUUGGACUCAGCUGGUUCUGUUCACCCCUGGGAGCGCUGGUUCUGGAUUUCAACAACAUCAAGAGCUCUACUGAUGUGCAAGGCACUGGGAAGGGCUCACAGUGUGCAUUAGACAAGGACUGCAGUGCAGGAAAAUUCUGCUUCAUGCUGCACGACGACAGGUCGCUCUGUGCCACGUGCCGCAGAGCUCGGAGGAGGUGCCAGAGGAGCGCCAUGUGCUGCCCGGGAACCGUCUGUGUGAAUGAUGUUUGCACUGCUGUGGAAGACACAAGGCCAGUAAUGGGCAGAAACACUGACGACCAAGAUGGCACCGAUGCAGAAGGAACCGCCAAACGGCCCACAGAGGAAAACAGACCUCAGGGGAAGCCCAGUGUUAAGAAAUCACAGAGCAGUAAAGGACAGGAGGGAGAAAGCUGUCUGAGAACUUCCGACUGUGACCCUGGACUUUGCUGUGCUCGCCAUUUUUGGACAAAAAUUUGCAAGCCGGUUCUACUCGAGGGGCAGGUCUGCUCCAGGAGAGGGCAGAAGGACGCUGCCCAAGCCCCCGAAAUCUUUCAGCGCUGUGACUGCGGUCCUGGACUAGUGUGUCGAAGUCAGGUGACUGGAAACCAGCAACAGACACGGCUAAGAGUAUGCCAGAGAAUAUGA